UUUAGCGUUUGAGUCCAGACUUCAGUGUCGCCUUCUCUCCACACUCCUUAGCCUUCGUCCCUCGUUGGUUCUCAGAUCUCUCUCUUUGAAAUUGGGGGCAAUGUCAGACAGCAAGAAGUCAAUUCGGUGGGGAUAUUUACCUGAUGAGAUUCUCACCCAUAUUUUCACUUUCCUACCUAUCAAAUCCAUUAUCAUCUGUACCUCUGUCUCAAAAACCUGGAAAUCCCUAAUCAAAAACCCAACUUUCAUUUCCACCCAUCUCCACCACUCCCGCAACCAAAACCAAAACCUCUUCCUCCUCUUAAGCCUCUCACGGAAUGACAAACAAGUCUACACAUUGCAUAAAGAAGACGAUGAUCCUGAUUUCACUGAAUACACCAGCUUUGAUUCCCCUGCUCCUGCUCUACACCUUCACAAUGUUGUCGGUACUUUUAACGGCCUGAUCUGCCUCUCCUACGGUUUACCCAAUCGCGCUGAGGAAAUCUUUCUCUGGAACCCUUGUGUGAGAAAGUUUCUCCAACUUCCUUAUCCCGAUGCCACCGUCGACACACAUGGUACGUCCCACACGUCUUUUGGGUUUGGAUUUGAUCCAAAAACUAACGAUUAUAAAGUGGUCAGGAUUCUCUCCAUACACGGUGGUUAUUCGGACUUUGUAAAGUCCCGACUCGUGGUCGAGGUUUACUCACUCUUCGCUAGUGAAUGGAGAAUGCUUAGUCUGCCUCCUAUAUGCGCCAAAAUUAGAAUUGGGCGAGCGACAUUUGCCAAUGGGGCACUGCAUUGGAUUGCUUUUACUAAUGAUGACAAACAGUUUGUUUUGGUGUUCGAUUUGGGGGACGAGGUCUUUCGCGAAAUUCUGCUGCCGGAAUUUCCAGGGCAGGUGAUCUGGACUGGUCUUUCUGUAUAUGGAAACUCCAUUGCUGGGUUUCGAAUUACGGUAGGGAUUGAUGAGAAGGUUCAGAUCAAUAUAUGCGUAAUGAAAGAGUAUGGUGUUGCAUCGUCAUGGACUCCAUUUUUUACUGCUGAUUUUGAAUUCGUAGGGCCCACGCCAAGGCCAAUAGGUUUUAGGAGGAAUGGGGAUGCUGUAUUCGUAUUAGGUAAAGAAAAACUUGUCUGUUGGAAUCCUGAGAGCAAAGAGUUUAAGGAUCUUAGGAUGAUUGGAGAUCACGAUCCUUUUAUUGAUUCUUACAUUGAGAGUCUAGUUUUGCUUGACAAGGCCGCCAACGUUGCAGUUACAUACUAACGAGAAUAGUUUUCCCAAUCGCGCUGAGGAAAUCUUUCUCUGGAACCCUUGUGUGAGAAAGUUUCUCCAACUUCCUUAUCCCGAUGUCACCGUCGACACACAUGGUGUGUCCUGCACAUCUUUUGGGUUUGGAUUUGAUCCAAAAACUAACGAUUAUAAAGUGGUCAGGAUUCUCUCCAUAAUGGGUAGUCCUUCGGACUUUGUAAAGUCUCGACCCGUGGUCGAGGUUUACUCACUCUCCACUGGUGAAUGGAGAAUGCUU